AUGAAGCUCUAUCUGAAAGAAGGCAGACCUCAGUACCGAGACGCGCCCCGGCGGUGUCUGCGCAAGAUACGUUGGCGAGCAAAGGAGUAUGGUCUUGUUCAAGAAAUUGUGGCAACAAAAGAUCAGAGGGCGUUUGAGAAACGGACCGGCCAGCGAAAGCGGCCGUCAAAGCAGGAGUUCGAAGUCUCUGGCCACAACGUGCUCAUGCUGAAAGUCGCAGUCGUACCGACCGCCUCCGGACUGGUCGACUUCUCCGUGAGGUCUCUAACUUGUAGCCCUCAUUCCUACAACCACUUGAAAGCCUACUCCAUACGUCUAGGGUGGCCAAAAUCUGCCACUUCAAUCAAGCAGUCGGCGAGGCGGCCGCUCGUCCUCGGACGAUUUGAGGACAAUGGCCGUUUCCGCUGCCGAGUUCAGCGGUAUGACACCAACGGCAACUCUCUAUCAGAUGAACACAAGCACCAAGGCUCUCUUAAUAUCCUUCCUGGCGAUAUCGACCUUAUCCACUCCUUCAGCAAGCAUUCUCACAACUUACCAGGGGCAGUUUCACAGAUGCUGAUGAGGCAGGAAAGACGCUUCUACCACUUGUUCUAUCCCUAUCGGGGCAUUCGAAAUACCUGGGAAUGA